AUGAAGAGAACACCACAACCAACAGACUGCAUACGCGAUUAUAUGGGACAAUUGAUGGAAUGGACAAACAGUUGCGGAUUUGAAGAGAUCUACAACAACACAUCAGGGAAACGCCAAGCACGCACCGCGAAGGAAUUGAAUGCGACAAUCGACGGAAAGGAUCGCCUUUUAUUCAUCAUUGUAAGUAACAAGGGCAAUGUGUUUGGCAGUUACAAUUCGACAAAAAUACAACCAGACACUGGCGCCGUUUGGGACGACCCAAACCACUUUGUCUUCACGUUGCAAAACCAAAUGAACAUUCGCCCAAGAAUAUAUAAGCGUCGCGUGGAAGGAAUGUGGCCAACAUUAUGUCUGUGGAACGAUGUCAACGCAGAGAACGUUGUGACAAUCCCAGGGUUGUGCGACGUCUCAAACGCACUGAAACCCAAUUUCGUUUACAAGAAUUUUGGAAACAUAUACCAAGACGACGGCGAUGGAUUUGAAGUCUUCUGUAAUGGCGAGAUUCGUCUCGAGAAAAGAAGCAAUGGCGCGUUCACAAGCUUAAACUCCCUUGUUGUGUUCCAGAUGAAGCCGUUUGGUAACUUCUUGCGAGUCAAGGCGUUUAAUAAUGCCAAUGUGAACAUGGGCGAAGUCAUUAAAAAGAUGAACCAAUUUGGGAGAUGCCACGUCGACUCGGCGGGGAACUCGUUUGUUGUCAAAUUUGAGAAUGCGAAUGAUGCGGAGAGAUGCUUCAAGGAGAGGGAAAACGUCAUGAAAGACGGAUUAAAUGUCCAAAUAAUGAAGUGA